UCGUCAUUUAAGAUAAGUUAGGUGGAUAGCCAUUGACAUCAACAAUAAACCCAACUUCGUCCCAAAAGGCAUUUCCGCUCUUCUUUCCUUUUCAUACUUCAAUUGCUGGUGAUUAUUUAGAUUGACAAGAGAAGAAAGUCCCAAGCAAAAAUAAAAGAAAAGAAAAAAGAUUUCGAAUUUCCACUAAGCAAGCCCUUUGAUUCUGAGUCGGAGAUGGAGGUGAAGCGCCGGACGGUGCGGACCCUGGUGGCGAGGCUCAGCUCGGUCUCAGAGCAGACCCGAGCCGAGGCUCUGAGCGAGCUGCGCCUCAUGACCAAGCACGACGCCGAAACCCGCCCGCUCAUCGCCGAAGCCGACGCGAUCCCGUAUCUCGCCGAGACCCUUUACUCGUCCUCACACGCCGCCCAAGAAGACGCGGCCGCGACGCUGCUCAACCUCUCGAUCACCUCGCGCACUGCGCUCAUGUCCACGCGCAGGCUUCUCGACGCGCUUUCCCACGCGCUCUCCCGCCACGCCACGACAUCGUCGCCCUCCGCGGUCCAGUCGUCCGCCGCCACGCUCCACAGCCUCCUCGUCGAGGACUCCUAUCGACCCAUCAUCGGAUCCAAGCGCGACAUCGUCUACGCGCUAGUCGACAUAAUAAAGCACCCCAGCUCCGCCGUCAGAUCCAUCAAGGACGCGCUCAAGGCCUUGUUUAUGAUCGCGCUCUACCAGCCCAACCGGAAGACGGUGAUAGACCUGGACGGGGUGGGGCCCCUGUUCGGAUUAAUCCAGAGAGUAUCCAUCUCCGGAAUAGUGGAGGACGCGACCGCCGUCAUAGCGCAGGUGGCCGGGUGCGAGGAGAGCGAGGAGGCGUUUAGCAAGGUGUCGGGGAUUGGGGUUUUGGUGGAGUUGGUGGAUGGGGCGGGCGGAGAGAGCAUGAGGGUGAGGGAGAACGCGGUGGCGGCGCUGCUGAAUAUGGUGCGGUUCGGCGAUGAGAGGGUGGGGAGGGAGGUGUGGGAGAUGGGGAUGAGGAUGGUGGAGGGGUUGGCGGAGGUGGCGGAGAGCGGCAGCGUGAAGGGGAAGAACAAGGCGGUGGAGUUGUUGAAGGUGUUGUAUAGUGGUGGAAAUGUGGGUGUUUUGGGGGAUGAGUACAUCAGUACAUGACAUUAUAUAAAUUAAUUAAUAUUAAUUUUGGGGUAUGUAUUUAGUAUGUUUGGAUUGUUCUUCUGAUUUCAUUUCAUUGGUUGUUUAGAUUUAGGUAGAGGAAUCCAGAAAUGGGUUUUCAUGGAUGGAUGAACAUAUUGAUUGACAUUUAUGGUGUAAUGUAAAUGAUUAAAUGGAUAACACAACCAACUUUACUUACU